AGCUUCAAAUUGGCGUUCGGCGGUGUCGAUCGUGGUUCUUUUCCAGUUGAAUGCAAUUUUGACCUUCUGAAUCCUUCUUAACGUCAAACAGCAUGAUCACAGUAGUAUUGCUCCUCGCCAUUGUCGCCGGGCUCACCUUGCAUGCAAGUUGGUCCGUCUUAACGUACAUACGCAAAGACUAUCAAGACUUCCUCUCGCUUGGGCCAGGAGGCACUCCGUUGACCUUUACCGGUUACCUGAAGGUCAAAUGCUUGAGCAUCGUCGCCUUGCAAGACCCGUUUGAGGCACCACCCGUUCCAACGCGAUUAGCAAACUCCCCAGGCCAUCUCGAAAACCUGCCAAAGCGUGCUUACCCCCGCCCGUUGACGAGAGGUAUAGCCCCACAACGGCAGACGACGCAAUGCUCGAGUCCGGAAAUAUACUCCAAACUGGGAGCUGCAAUUGCGAACAUGGCCAGUUGUUCAGGAAGCCGGUUCGAGCUAGGCACAUCUUGUUUUGAGAAAUACAGCACUGGCAUUUUCUCUGCCUCCCCACCGCGCAAUCAGACAUGCAGAGGAGAAAUCUGCCAUGCCCAUCCCUCUGAUGGGUCGCUGCAUCUGACCCUGCAUCCCAAGGAUGUCAAGCUUGUGCUGGAACGUGGCUGGGGCCAACGACAUCCCCUCGCGCGGGGUGGUUUCUUCGAGCGCUUUGUCCCGGUGGGCUUUGUCAUGAUAUACGCUCCUCAGACCGAAGAGGACAUCGUUCACAUUCUGCAGAUCGUGGCAGCAGCUGCAAAGUUCAUUUGCGGUGAAGAUCGUCCUCAGACGCGGGUGUCUGAUUCGAGCCAUGGGACUGAUGAGACGCACGCUGCGCCAGCCGGGCGUCAACAAGAAUUUGUGGGGCCAAGCCACGGCCCUCUGGAUCCGCCGAGAACGAGUUGUCAUGCCAUUUCACUGCAAUCACUCGGUGAAAGUGUUCCCAUGAUCGCAAAGGCUUAACAACUGUCACCUCCAGCUGUGCACCUCAUUCACAUCCCCCGAAUGCAGCAAGUCUCGAUAGCAUCGCGACAAUUAGGACAGCCUCAGAAAGUAUAGCGGAAGCCGAUGGUAUUCUCCAGUAUCUUCUU